AUGAAAACCGCGCUGAUCAUUUCUACUGUUGCCGCCUCGGCAAUCGGUACCGAGCCACCCAAGGCAUCCAACUGCGUCUGUCGCUUCUUUGAAUCGGAAUCGACCGCCAAAGCCGAUCUCUUGGUCAAGUUUACAUCCAACAAGGCAUCCCUUGACGCCAUCACGACUGCUAAAUCGUCCAAUUACCGCCAGGGAGUGUACGAUGUGUUGAUCGAACAAGCCAAGGCGAACGAAGCGCGCUUAGCCCCCCUCCUUCCAUCCGGCCAACAUAUCUCCAGCGUGUACAUUGCAGGCGGCGUCGCCUUGUGCAGUGUAUCCAAAGAAACGUUUGACAGGUUAACCGCUUCCGAUUUCAUUGAGUACGUGGACUUGAACAACACCAACGACAUUGCGCUACCGGACGUGAUCAAGGGGGAUCGUUCCUCCAGCCGCCAUCGCGAUGCAGGGAACGAAUGGGGCGUUGAAACCGUCGGGGCCCCCGCCAUUUGGAAGUACACGAGGGGGAAAGGGGUGGUCGUGGGUUCCAUCGACUCGGGGGCUUUGUAUACCCACGAAGCCAUCAAAGACAACUGGCGGGCCGACUACGGCUGGUUCGACCCAACCAAUGGCACCGCCACGCCUUAUGACAGUCAAGACCACGGCUCGCACACUAUCGGCACUAUGGUCGGGCGUGGUGGCAUCGGGGUGGCUCCCGACGCCCAGUGGAUUUCGUGUACAUUUGGGGAUGCCCCCACGUUAGAGGUAAUGCUCCAGUGUGCGCAGUUCAUACUGUGUCCCACGAAACCGGAGGGAUCUGCUGUCGACUGCUCCAAGGAUGUGGACGUGGUCAACAACCCAUGGACUAACCCUUGGUUUGAAGCCGCCAUUACCGCGUGGAAGGCGGCGCGCAUCAUUCCGGUGUUCGGAAUCGCCAAUCGGGGCCUGGAGUGCUCGUUGGCUGCGUCACCGCGGGCGUAUAAGCACCCCGACACACUCGCGUACUUUUCGUCCAAGGGGUCUGUCUCCAACGGCCCCGUGUAUGUCAAGCCGGACGUUUCAGCACCUGGUUAUUAUGUUCGAUCGGUGGGUAUCGUCAGCAACUCGGCCUACGCGUCGGACGCGGGCACGUCCAUGGCAUCCCCCCACGUCGCCGGUGUCGUCACCCUCCUCAAAAGUGUGAACCUGUCGCUGGACUUUGACGCAGUGUACACGUACCUGACGGCCACCGCGGACCAAAACGAGCUCAACACGACGGAACCCCACGCGUGGCUCGCGUCACUCACCAAUGAAACUCUCCCCGGCUCCCCCCACUGUGGCGGCCCCCCAGACGAUUCGUGGCCCAAUAAACGGUUUGGAUAUGGCCGAGUUAAUGUAGCGACCAUUUUGCAUGAUGGCAAGCUCAACGACAAGCGUCGCCCGACGUGCCACGAAGAAAUAUGACCGAAAACAGCACCAUUGGGGAUGCCCUUGCAUGACCCACUAAUACUGUUCCAACGAUGAUUCGAAGCUCG